GGAAUCAGCCCUUUUGAAUGCGCGGGGGCUUCCUUCACUGAACAGAAUGACGCCAGUUCUCAUGAGUCAGACAGCUCUAGGAUCGCGCUGCGGGCUGCACUGACUGUGCAUACGUGCUGGGGAGUCAGUGUCGCUCCCUUUGAAUUCGGCGCGGGCGUACUUGCUUGCCACAGUAAGGGUGCACAUAGCCUCCCGCUCUCACUCUGCAAUCCUCAGUAGGCUGAAUUGGGAAUAAGUUCCAUAGUAAAUUUAGGAUCGCGCCGCUGCUCAGCUGCAAAUGUAUAGAAACAUUCAUAGGAUGGCGCUGGUCGGCUGCAGGUCUUCUCAGUGGACAUAAACCUCGCAUCCGCGGCAUUUACUUCCAAGUACGCGCGGUCAGGCUCCGGCCGCUGAAAAUGGCUACUUGGGAGUAAUUCCCAUUGGGUUAAUGGAGCAAUGUCUGGAUAAGCAUGCUUAGACCUGGAAGGGGUGGAAGGGAGACGGGAUUUGGGGUGGCAUCAUCUAAUUGCAGUCCCCUCUAGACGCGUUUACUCGUGAAUAAACCCUACUGUGUUUCAUUAUGGCCAUCUACUCAAAACAAGCGUGCCCGCCACAGCCGCGCAAUCUGAUCCUGAGUGCUUAACGGGUUAGUAUGCACAGCUAGGUGGCCAGAUUUGGUUUUUUAAAAGCCAAAUUCUGGCGUACGGCCCAUUUGACCUACGAGUAUACCCCUUAGGUUCUGGCCACUCAGAACUCUUUGCAAAGGAGGUUUCGCGCGGGCGCUUUCCAUGGACUAGCUCGCUCUUUUCUGUACCCUUCUUUCUAAAAUGGAACCUGAAGCACAUUUCUAUGCCGAUCUUUCGCUUGAGUAACGCUUUGCACCCCACGGAUUGCUCCAUCAGAUUCAGCUACGACGAUCACCCCAUUUUGGAGCAGGGGGAGAGCAACUGCCCCUAUUCAUCCCAGCACAGUGUGCUUCCCAGAGAUGGUUAUUGUAUCUAGAACAGCAGUUCCCAACCUUUCCCUUUAUGCAGACCACUGCAUCGUCAUCAAAAACUGAAGCAGACCAUCACGCCCUCAUCAUCCCCUACAAAGAAUAAGCGAUGCCACCAGAACUGCAGACACAGCUGAACAACACCCCAAAGAUCAUCCAAGGGGAUCUGAAGAGUCUGGUGCCAGGUGUGAGGGACUUCAUAGAAAGCAAUGCCAGGCUGUGCCAGCCAGAGGCCAUCCAUAUCUGUGAUGGAUCAGAAGACGAGAACAGGAACAUCUUGGAGCUCAUGGUAGAACAAGGCAUGAUUCGGAAGCUGGGCAAAUAUGAGAACUGCUGGUUGGCUUGCACAGAUCCAAGGGACGUGGCAAGAAUUGAGAGCAAAACUGUGAUUGUCACGCAGGAGCAGAGAGAUACUAUUCCAGUCCCCCAAAGUGGUGUAAGCCAGCUGGGGCGCUGGAUGUCAGAAGAAGAUUUUGAGAAAGCUUUCAGCGUCAGAUUCCCUGGGUGCAUGAAAGGGCGCAUCAUGUAUGUCAUCCCUUUCAGCAUGGGGCCCAUUGGUUCUCCUUUAGCCAAGUUUGGGAUUGAGCUGACAGAUUCUCCUUAUGUGGUGGUCAGCAUGAGAAUCAUGACUCGGAUGGGAACAUCUGUCCUUGAAGCCCUUGGCAAUGGGGAAUUUGUAAAAUGCCUCCAUUCGGUUGGGUGCCCUCUGCCAUUAAAAAAGCCUCUGGUAAAUAACUGGCCGUGUAACCCAGAUUUGACUCUGAUUGCUCACAUCCCUGAUCACAGAGAGAUCAUUUCCUUUGGCAGCGGUUAUGGAGGAAAUUCCCUACUGGGAAAGAAGUGCUUUGCUCUCAGGAUUGCCAGCAGGAUUGCCAAGGAAGAGGGCUGGCUUGCUGAGCACAUGCUGAUCUUGGGUAUCACAAAUCCAGAAGGUGUAAAGAAAUACUUUGCUGCCGCUUUCCCCAGUGCAUGUGGGAAAACGAAUUUGGCCAUGAUGAAUCCAACUCUGCCAGGAUGGAAAAUUGAGUGCGUUGGGGAUGAUAUUGCUUGGAUGAAAUUUGAUGAACAAGGUAACUUAAGAGCUAUCAACCCAGAGAAUGGCUUCUUCGGAGUUGCUCCUGGAACAUCCGUGAAGACAAAUCCCAAUGCUAUGAAGACCAUACAGAAGAACACCAUCUUCACCAACGUAGGAGAAACCAGUGAUGGGGGCAUAUACUGGGAAGGCAUUGAUAAACAGCUUGCACCAGGCAUCACACUCACUUCAUGGAAAAACAAGGAAUGGACUGCUAAGAAUGAGGAGCCUUGUGCUCACCCCAAUUCCCGAUUCUGCACCCCUGCCAACCAAUGCCCAAUUAUUGAUCCUGCUUGGGAGAGUCCAAAAGGCGUGCCAAUUGAGGGUAUCAUAUUUGGAGGCCGAAGACCUGAAGGUGUCCCUCUGGUCUACGAAGCCCUUAACUGGCAGCAUGGGGUGUUCAUAGGUGCAACGAUGCGAUCAGAAGCAACAGCUGCUGCUGAACACAAAGGCAAAAUCAUUAUGCACGACCCCUUUGCUAUGAGGCCUUUCUUUGGCUACAACUUUGGCCAGUAUCUCUCCCACUGGCUUAGCAUGGCACAUCGACCUGCAGCAAAGCUGCCCAAGAUCUUUCAUGUCAACUGGUUCCGGAAGGACAAGCAAGGAAGAUUCUUAUGGCCUGGCUAUGGCGAGAACUCCCGCGUGUUGGAAUGGAUGUUCAACCGGAUCCAGGGAGCGGGCUGUGCACGGCUCACUGCCAUUGGCUACGUCCCAGAUGACACGGGCUUGGACUUGAAAGGCUUGGAAGGCAUCAGCAUGCAGGAACUGUGUGAUGUUUGCAAAGAUUUCUGGGAGAAGGAGGUGGAAGAAAUCAAGAAGUAUUUUGAAGAGCAAGUGAAUGCUGACCUCCCCUAUGAAAUGGAAAGGGAAGUUCUUGCACUGGAGCAGAGAAUAAAGCAGCUAUAACUGAUCAAACUGUUACAUAACUCCACGCCUUGACAAAACAUGAAAGAAGCACUCUCUCUACUAGUUCCCCUGUCUGGAAGCACAAAAAUAGCAGGCAGAGAGUUAUGGCCGGAGCGAUCACUUCUGAAGGCCAGCUGACACAGUAAUACUUACACUGCUCAGACAUUGCUUGAUAAGCUAUUGAAGCAGAGGUUAUCAAGCCAAUCAGGCUUAUUACUUGAUAAGCUUGCUGCCACUGAUAAGUACUACAGUCACAAGAAAAGCUGUCUCCGAAUAGCUACAGUCCUCAUGUAAUCUUGCUAAUAUUCUUGGAGGUGUGAGUGUAUCACUCUCCCUCCCUUCCUUCAUUCAUUCAUUCCCAUUAACUGCUGAUGCAGCAAGCAGGGCUACUGCACAGCUGCUGGCAAUCAAGGGAUGGAUAAAGAACCACUCACCACCACUUCUAGUUUACCAUCCUCUAAAGCACCUUUUCAUACAUCUCUCUGUAUGGCUUUCACAGCUGUGUGUACACAUUUGGGUGUAAUACGUAGUUUGGCCCUGUGCUGUUGGUCAUUGGCUGAGAUACUGCGCAAAGUUCUGCACGCGUUGUAAUGUAACAUGGAUACAGUUGCGCAAGGGCGUUCUGGCACAAGCACAAAAAUUUCGCCAGCUGAGUUGCGCGGCAGUGCGGCCAUUGGAAAUAACAGCCAUACUACAGGUGGCCGUUAUUAUCUGCAGACUGGGUCUUAGAGACCCAGUUUCAUUAUCCAUGAGUAGAAAAAGAGGCAAAUCCACCAGUCCACAGUUUUGAAUGGCUGGGAAUGACUUCCAGUGUCAUUUCCAGCCGCUAUUUUCCUGCAGAGCAUAAUUUUGUGGCUUUAAAAAAAAAAGUGAAUAUUUGACCAUUUUUGCGGGUGGAGGGGGAGCAUUGCUGGAGAAUAAGAUAUUGUCCUCCGAUUAUUUCAGCCCCCCUUGCUUAGGAACCUAGCCCUCCACCACAAUUCCCAUUGACUCAAGGUUUUGUUAUUCACAGUUUCUGUAUUCGCACCUAUAGACAAGAACGGAACUGCCAUGAAUAACAAGGGCCACCUGCAUUGUGGAAGUAUCUUUACACCAUUUUUGCAUCCAUGCAGGAGUGCACCUGAGCAACUGCAUGCAUGUUCCAUUACAGCAUGCAUGCAACUUUGAGCAGUGUGCAUCUGUAUAAGUCACACCAACUGUGCUUUAUCUACAUGUACAGUCUCGGAGUGAGAUUUGCAGAUGUUUGUUUUCAUAUAUCUCCAUUAAAGACCAGUGAGCCAGGUCAUUGUAGGAGAACCCACACAGCAACACUUAAAGAAGCAGCAAAGAAAGUAGUUAGCUGUAAGGAUGUGUUUAGAACUUUUAAAAAAGAACUUGUUUGGAAAGAUGAAGCCUGCAGCUGGCCACGGUUGUUGCAGUGCCUGUUUGCUAAGGAAUAUUUUCUGUGUGCCUUUAAUUUUGUAUAGAUUAUGACUCUGUGAUGUUAGGAAGUUCAUGUUAAACUCUAAAGUAAUAAAAUGAGCUUUUAUAUGCAA